AUGAAUUGGAUUCAGCGCAAGAUCUUCCUCUACAAUGUUACUUUUGGGCUUUAUAUGUUGGAUUGGUGGGAACGCUGUACUUUCAAUAUUUUGCUGAUUGUAUUAAUGUGGUUCGUGAUACGAUAUGUUACUGAGUUUUUCAGGAGGUAUGUGUUCAAGCAGUAUAUGUAG